AUGGUGUUACGAAUGGCGAGACUCACUGACGAUGCCGACUACGAUGCUGGCGAAACGUCUGGGAAUGUACCACGUCCACGCUCCUACUCUGGAAAUGUUGAUGCAUACAAUGAACUUAGGACU